UGUACACAUAACUAUAUAAGCAACUUCAGAUUUUGUGAUUGUAUAACAUCCCAAAGGGCAAGCAGAAAAUAAGGAGAGGGGAAAUAUGGCAGAUAGGAGUGUUCUCCCUCAGAAAAUGAAACUUCUUCUGGCCUUAGUUGCUCUACAGUUUUUCUAUUCAGGGUUUCAUAUUGUUUCAAGGGUAGCACUAAACAUUGGUGUUAGCAAAGUUGUUUACCCAGUUUAUAGGAACAUCAUUGCAUUGCUUUUAUUGGGACCUUUCGCUUAUUUCUUUGAGAAGGAGGAAAGACCACCUCUUACUUUCUCUGUGCUGGUUCAACUCUUCUUUCUAGCAUUAUUGGGAAUCACUGCAAACCAAGGGUUUUAUCUCUUGGGAUUGUAUUAUGCAUCUCCAACUUUUGCUUCAGCAAUGCAAAAUUCAGUUCCUGCAAUCACUUUUGUCAUGGCUUCUGCUCUAGGACUUGAGAAAGUCAACAUUUCUAGGAGAGAUGGACUAGCAAAAGUUCUAGGAACCAUUGCAAGUAUAGGGGGUGCGUCUGUCAUUACACUCUACAAAGGCCCUCCUCUUCUGUAUCAGAUAACACAACAAGAACAAGGAAUAACAUUUGAAGAAGAUAUGUCUUCGAAGAAAAUGCAAAACUGGACAUGGGGAUGCAUAUUCCUGUUUGGGCACUGCUUAUCAUGGGCUGGCUGGAUGGUCUUUCAGGCUCCUGUGUUGAAGAAGUAUCCGGCAAAGCUCUCUGUCACUUCUUUUACAUGCCUUUUCGGAUUGAUCCAGUUCUUGGUCAUUGCAGCAUUUGUAGAAACUGACUUCAACCAUUGGAAAAUCCAAUCAGGAGAAGAACUAUUCACAAUCCUAUAUGCUGGGAUUGUGUCCUCUGCUAUAGUCAUUUCCCUUCAAACAUGGUGCAUUCACAAAGGUGGUCCUGUCUUUGUUGCUGUCUUUCAACCAAUGCAGACAAUUUUGGUUGCUGUUAUGGCUUCUCUAAUACUUGGUGAUCAGUUGUACUCUGGAGGGAUUAUCGGUGCAAUUCUUAUCAUGCUUGGUCUCUAUUCUGUUUUAUGGGGAAAAAUUGAGGAGAAAAGAGUGGAAAUUCAAAACAGGGAAGAGACCCUGACAAGGAACCUUCUUGAAGACAAAAAUAAAGACAAGGAAGAGCGGCCUUGUAUUGUCUGACAUACCAUGAAUAUCCUGCGCUUUAUUUAUUUAUUAUUUAUCUCCAAGACUGAAGAUGUUCUGAAAACGAUGGCUACUCUUAGAAAAGAAUCAGUUCUAAUGGUUUUUAGAUUAGCCCAACAUCUCAACAUGCAUGUAUAUUUAUGGGGUUUGGUUUCUCACAGAUUUACUCUUUUAUAUUGAAUCUUGAGCUAAGCUGGCUAUAGACUUGAACUCCAUUCAGAGGAAGUGAGGCUCUUCAAACUGUACCACUAGUAGUCUGCAACU